AUGCGACCGUAUGCGCACAUAGCGGCUGUUGUCACGACGCUGGUCUCCGUCUGGAAUGCCCGAGGGCAACCAUAUGAUGUCAAUACAUGUCCUGGGUAUACUGCAUCGAAUGUCGUGACUAGCGGCCCCACUCUGGUAGCGAACCUGACACUGGCGGGCGCAGCGUGCAACGCGUACGGACCAGAUAUCGAACAAUUGUUCUUGGAAGUGACUUAUGAGACCGAGAGUCGCAUCCACGUGAAGAUCUCCGACCCAGCCCACUCGAGGUAUGAAGUCCCAGAGUCUGUCUUGCCCCGCCCACAGGCCGAUCCGUCCACCUCUCCCGAGACCGCGGCCAUCCGUUUUAACUAUACUAGCUCGCCCUUUACAUUCACCAUCUACCGCGCGUCCACCUCUGAGGUGCUCUUCUCCACCGCAUCCUACCCGCUCGUCUACGAGCCACAGUAUCUGCGGGUAAAGACGAGUCUCCCGCCGAACGCGAACAUCUACGGCCUCGGCGAGCACACGGAGGACUUCCGCCUGCCCACAGACGACCUGGUCCGCACUCUGUGGUCGCGCGACGCGUACGGGGUGCCGAACGGGACGAAUCUGUACGGGAACCACCCGAUCUACUUCGAGCAUCGCGUGACGGGCACGCACGGCGUGUUCCUGCUGAGCUCGAACGGGAUGGACAUCAAGAUCAACACGACUACGGAGGAGGGCACUACGCUGGAGUACAACGUCAUCGGGGGCGUGCUCGAUUUGUAUUUCCUGGCAGGCAGCGAGACGGACCCGACGGAGGUCGCACGGCAGUACGCCGAGGUGGUUGGCACGCCGGCGGAGGUACCAUACUGGGCGUUCGGGCUGCACCAAUGCCGCUUCGGAUACACUGACUUUGUCGACAUUGCGGAUGUGAUCCAAAAUUAUUCCUUGGCCGGCAUACCGUUGGAGACCAUGUGGACAGACAUCGAUUACAUGUACAACCGGCGUAUAUUUACACUCGACCCAGACUAUUUCCCCUUGACCCGUAUGCGUCAGAUAAUUGACUACUUGCACUCGCACGACCAACACUACAUUUUGAUGACGGAUCCCGCUGUUGCCUACGCGCCCGGGGAGGGCUACGGCACGUACGACCGCGGGACAGCAGCCGACGUCUGGCUGAAGGCUGCAAACGGGAGUUUCUUCCUGGGCGCGGUCUGGCCAGGCGUCACAGUAUUCCCAGACUGGUUCAACCCCGGCGUACAGGACUUCUGGACAAACGAAUUCCGGCUAUUCUACAACCCAAUUAACGGACUCGACAUUGACGGUGCAUGGAUAGACAUGAACGAGCCAUCCAGUUUCUGCACCUACCCAUGUACGGAUCCAUUCCAGCAAGCUGCCGAACAAGAUCUUCCACCGCCGCGGACGACGAUCCCACCUGACCCGAACGCGCCCAUUUUCGUGAACUCAACCGAUUCUAAUGUCGUUUUGUCGCUGCAGAAGAGACAAAGCGAUAGCGGCGAGGACGUUCUAAACCCUCCUUACGCCAUUGACAAUGCUGCCGGAGCGUUGUCAAAUAGGACUUCAUAUACGAAUGCAGUACACGCGAACGGCCUGCUCGACUAUGACACCCACAACCUGUUCGGGACGAUGAUGUCCACUGUGACGCAUUACGCCAUGCUAGCUCGCCGACCAGGCCUCCGGACGCUCGUGGUCACUCGCUCGACGUCGCCGAAGUGGCUCGGCGACAACAUGGCUGACUGGGAACACUACCGAAACUCGAUAUCGGGAAUCUUGAGCAUGGCGAGCGUGUUCCACGUGCCGAUGGUGGGCGCAGAUAUCUGCGGGUACGCCGGGGACACUACGGAGACGCUAUGUGCAAGAUGGGCUAUGCUCGGAGCUUUCUAUCCAUUCAUGCGCGAUCACAACGAUGAUACAUCAAUCAGCCAAGAAUUCUACCGGUGGCCUACCGUUGCUCAGGCGGCGAAGAAUGCUUUGGACAUGAGAUAUCGCUUGAUGGAUUACAUUUAUACCGCAUUCCAUCAGGCAAGCGUGGACGGCACUCCUGUCCUGAAUCCGCUUUGGUACAAGUAUCCGCAGGACCAAUCGACGUUUGCGAUCGACUUGCAAUUUUUCUUCGGCCCGUCGAUCUUGGUCUCGCCUGUCACAGAGGAAAACGCAACGUCCGUCAGCGUCUACUUCCCGAACGACAUCUUCUAUGACUUCGCCACUCUCGCGCCUGUCCAGGGCAGUGGUGAGUUUGUCGAGAUGACCGACGUGAACUUGACGUCGAUCCCGGUUCACAUACGAGGCGGCGCAAUCCUGCCUCUCCGCUCGCAAGGCGCCAUGACUACCACCGCGCUUCGGCAACAACCUUUGGAGCUGGUCAUCGCGCCAAACGCGACGGGCGAGGCGACAGGCUCACUGUACAUGGACGAUGGCGUCUCGAUUACGCCAGCAUCGACGACACAGGUGGAGAUGACCUACCGAGCUGGGGUGCUGACGGUGACGGGCUCCUUCGACUAUCCAGUGGGCGUGAACUUGUCGAGAGUGCUGCUUCUCAACGCCGACGAGGCCACGGAGUCUGUGCAGCUCAACGGCCAGGAGGUGGCGACGAUUCCGACCUACGACUCAACCACCAAGGUCCUAAGCGUCACGAUCGAUCGUCUUCUCGAUGAAGGAUUCUCGCUACGUUUACAGUGA